AUGUACGUCAUCGACGAUCUUAACUGGGACAUGAUCCUGGGUAAACGAUGGAUGGAAGACCAGGAUGUUCACACCCACGCAAAGGAAGGAUAUCUCGAGAUUGGGUCCAAUGGAGUUCAAUACCACAAGUGGUCUCGAGCUUUCUCUCAGCAACUGGCCGACCAGCUGCCCCCUCAUCGGCCAGGUGUGGACCUGAGGAUCGAAGUGCUGAAAGACGAGCAUGGCCGAGAGAAGCCCCUACCUUGGGGACCGCUUUACAGCAUGUCCCGCGAGGAGCUAUUGGUGCUACGAAAGACCCUCACAGAACUACUCGACAAGGGAUUUAUUAGAGUCAGCAGUUCGCCAGCCGCAGCACCAGUCCUUAUGAGGGACCGCUAUCCCUUGCCUUUACUGAGCGAGACCUUGCGAACGAUAGCCAAGGCAAGGUGGUUCACCAAGGAUUACCUCGAUGAUUUUGUGUCAGCGUAUAUCGACGAUGUCCUGAUCUUCUCCUCUGGAAGCCUGCAAGACCACCGCGACAAAGUCGGCAAGGUCCUCCAACGACUGAUGGACGCUGGGCUGCAACUGGACAUCAACAAGAGCGAAUUCGAAGUCAAGGCUGUGAAAUACCUUGGGUUCAUCAUCGAGGCGGAGUGUGGGAUCCGAGUCGACCCAGAGAAGGUUGAGGCUGUGAAGGGAUGGGCAACCCCGACGAAUAUUAAAUCCGACGUGCCAUUCCGUUGGGAUGGAUUGUGCGAAGAAGCCUUCGAGAAGCUCAAGGACCUGUUGAUCACGGCCCCGAUCCUGCACACUUCCAUCCAGAAAGGGAGACUAUCGUGGAAGCGGACGCUUCAGGAUUCGCCCGAAGCGAACUACGCUAUCCAUGACAAGGAGCUACUCGCCAUUCUCAGAUGUUUGGAGCAGUGGGAACCAGAGCUACGGGCAGUAGAGCACUUCAAGAUCCUAACGGACCACAAGAACCUGAGAUACUUCUACUCGGAAAGGAGGUUGACAGAGAGACAAGUGCGGUGGUCGGAGUUCCUGUCCAAGUUCCAAUUCAAGCUCGAAUGGAGGCCAGGCCGCAAGGGUGGAUUGCCUGACGCGCUCUCUCGACGGGACCAGGAUAUGCCGGCCAACUACUCCGAUGAACGACUAAAGGGACGCAUUAUGAGGCUAUUCCAAGACGACCACCUUAGAAGGGUCCCAAUAUCGACAUUGUCUACCAACACCGAGGGUGCCCAGGAAAUCAACGUCGGAAAAGAGAUCAGGAUAUUUGUCACGCGCCUAAAGCUCCAGCGGGGUGAGAAUGUGGGGCAACAGGCUGAACCCACCACCUCCAACGUGGCCUUCAAUGGAGCUCAGGGAACGCAAACCGAACUAGGAGAGAUCCGGCAACAGCUGGAUCAGCAGAUCGACUAUUCGCGGCGGCAAGGGGAGCAGAUACAGCAGCUCCUGAGCGCCCUCUUAGAAAAAUCGGGCGAACGUGGCUCACGACGACGGUCCAGGUCGCCAGAGUAUAGCCCACCACCGCGGCAAAGGAUUCGGGAACGCUCUCCCAUUUACGAGCCCAAGAACAAAAACCAGGUACAGAUUCAACAGUUCCGGGGCACUUCGGCAGCCGAGCUUUCUACCUUUGUCGGAACCCUUCAGUGGGUGUUUCGGGAGCACCCCCGCCACUACCAGGAUGAGCAGAGGAGAAUCAGGCUAGCGGCGGGCCAUCUCAGCCAGACGUUGAGAAGGGAUUUCCUAGACAAUCUGCGACUCAAAUUCGAUGGAAGUGAAGAAAACAUGACGUGGGGAGAUAUGGAGGACUGGCUCUGGAGCAAUAUCAACAAUCCCCGAGGUCGUACCCGGAAUGCAUACACCAGCCUGACCAAGCUUAAGCAAAAGCCCGGCCAGUCAUUCCGGGACUUCUUUCGGCAAUAUCGUGCGAUUGAAAGCGAGUUCCCUCAAACUGUUCCCGACUGGCUACGCAUUGAGAUGUUUCUCUUCUGCUGUAACAAAGAUAUCAAGGAUCUCUUUCGAUCCCAAAACUACCCCAAAUCGUGGACCGACUUGGUAGAAAAGGGCCAUGAGUAUGACGACGAUUUCCAUGACAAGGGUUACCAACCCUACCGCAGCGCCGGUGAUCCGAGGUCGACAGAAACGAAUGGCGAAGAGGAUACAUCAACAAGGAAGGAGAAGCCCGGCGCCUGUUUCAAAUGCGGGAAGCCCGGUCACAUACGACCAAAGUGCACCGAGCCUGAUUGCAAACGAUGCGGUGACGGCAGACACACUACGGCCCGUCACUCCGACCCGGCUACGGGUCCCAAUGGGAUACGCAGGGUCCAACAAGAACCGGAGGAUGAGGAUUAG